AUGUCGAAGUUCAAACACAGAACUAUACCGGAAGUUUUUCUUGGUUUGGGAUUCAACGAGAUAUAUGAUGUUUGGUCUUUUGGAUGUUUGUUGUCGGAAUUAUACACCGGACAAUUAUUGUUUUUUGGCGAUGAGAGAACGAAUUCGGAAGAAUCGCAAUUGGAUGUUAUGCAGACUGUGCUUCGAAGAUCAAUUCCGUAUUAUAUGUAUGAAAGAGCCUUCGAUUCUGAGUAA